GCCGCAAAGCAGUCAAGAAUUGUCGUGAAAUUGACGUGCUGCAGUAAGGGACUGAGAUGCCGACUCCGAAAUGCAGCUAGCAUUUAGCAAUAGAUCUAGCGUCCUGCUCUAGCUACAGCAAGGGAAAAUAAAUGGCCAAUGAUGUCUUGCUAAAUAGUUACAUAUAGCGUCCGAACAAUAUCAGUAUGUUGUUACAUUGUCCAUAUUCUUAAUGUGAAGUAAACCAACUUGAAAUCAUUUCUUUUGGUCCAUAGCUAUAACAGUCGAUAGCUUGCUAACUAGCAAGCUAAGUACUUCAUAGCUAGCAAAUGGCAUCAUUUAACGGAGACGGGUGCCACGUGCUGCUGGAAGUUGUUCCCGAUAUUCACAUCUGUGGCAUCUGUAAGCAGCAGUACAACAACGUUGAGGUCUUUCUUGCCCACAAGCAAAAUGGCUGCCAUGUGCCAUCAUCUGACACAACUGUCCCGGGCACUGUGUCCACCAUCACAGCAGAUUCUGCCGCGGAAUUUGUCUUCGAAGAAACGUACCAGUCUUGCGUUCCGAGAGGUGUCAAAAAGAUCCAAACCAAAGCACAGAAAACGCCUUCCAAAAAACUCAAACCGCCGCUGUCUUCAAAGAGACGUAGCUGCGUAUUCUCAGGUUGUUCUUUCAAAACUCAGUAUGGUCAGAAGGACAUGGAGCGACAUCUUAAAACGCACACAGGCGAGAAGCCGUUUGAGUGUGAGGUGUGCCACAAGCGCUUCAGCCGCCGGGACAAGCUGAACAUGCACAGCCGCUCGCACACCGGCGAGAAGCCGCACAAGUGCAAGCACUGCGCCUACGCCGCCGCCGACAGCAGCAGCCUGAAGAAGCACCUGCGCAUCCACUACGACGAGCGGCCCUUCAAGUGCCAGAUCUGCCCCUACGCCAGCCGCAACUCCAGCCAGCUCACCGUGCACCUGCGCUCUCACACAGGAGACGCCCCUUUCCAGUGCUACCUGUGCGAGGCCAAGUUCAAGAUCAACUCGGACCUGAAGCGGCACACGCGCAUCCACUCGGGCGAGAAGCCCUACAAGUGCGACUUCUGCGACUACCGCUGCGCCAUGAAGGGCAACCUCAAGUCGCACGUGCAGAUCAAGCACGGGGCCGAGAACGCCCUGCACUGCCCCGACUGCGACUUCCGCUGCGGCAACAAGACCGCCCUGCGCCAGCACCAGCGCCAGCACCAGCCCAGCCAGCCCAUCCAGUGCCCUGCCUGCAGCUACUCCUGCUCCAGCAAGGGGGCGCUCAAGAUCCACCAGCGCAUCCACUCGGAGGAGCGGCCCUUCAAGUGCGAGGCGUGCGGCUUCGCCACCAAGCAGCGCAGCAACCUGGCCAUCCACCGCAAGAAGUGCCACUCGGGCGAGGGGCCCGAGCGCUGCGGCGGGGCCGGCAAGGCGGGCCCCAAGGGCGAGGAGGCCCCGCGGCCGGCCGGCUCCCGCUACCGGGCCAAGCUGGACGCGGCGCGGGCGUUCCGCUGCGAGCUGUGCGAGGCCUCCUUCGUGCGCGAGGACUCGCUGCGCAGCCACAGGAAGCAGCACCGCCAGGCGCAGCUCACCUUCCUGCAGCCGCCGCCGCCCGCCGUCCCGGACCUGGGGCAGCUGGGCGCCUACGGCGACGCCCAGCUCAAGAUCAUCGUCGGGCACCAGCUGGGCGCGUCGGAGUGCGGCUUCGUCCCCGCCGAGCCGCCGGGCAAGGGCGGCCCGGUCCUGCUGACCGCCGGCGGUCACGGCCAGGACCUGGCGGUGGACCUGCUGGCUCCGCCCCCCGAGCCCCAGACGGUGAUGCUGACCCAGAUCCAGCCGGGCCCCGACCACGGCCUGAGCCAGGCGCUGAUCCCGCCCUCGGACCCCGCCCAGACCUUCAUCGCCACCUGCUCGGACCUGGAGGGCCUGAGCGCGCUCAUCCAGGAGGGCGGGACCGAGGUGACCGUGGUGACGGACGGGAACCCCUCCCUCCCUGCGCCGCUGCCUCCUCCCCCCUCCUCGGUCUCGGCGUCCCAGGACCUGGACGGGCCGGCUGCCGUCGCCCACGGAGACGGUUCCCACGCCAACGAGGGCACCCUGAUGGUGCCCAACAUUAGCAUCAGCUCACAGGGGGUCAUCAUCCACAGCUUGCCUCUGGUGGUCUCCGCCCCUCCGCAGCACCCCAACGACCAGCUCCACCCCCAGAACCUCUACUCCGACACCCACGCCAUGGAGGUCACCAUAGAGGAGUGACGCUCCUGGCAGGAUGUGAUUUCUCCUGAUUCGUCCCGAUUAGUCAGCAGAUACUGUUUUUUCAAACCCUACCCAGGGGCAGAGGACUUGAAUAUCUCACGAGCACACACGUCAAGAGCUUUUUGCACAUUGUUACAGCUAAUACUAGGAGGGAAUGUGAGAGAAUGUUUGGCAACAAGGCAAAAUACUAGAGGCCCCAAAAUCACUUAUGGUCUGUAAAAUCAGUAUUUUGCAAUAAUCGGGACAAAUCGGGAACAAUUACAUCCCUGAACCAGGAGUGAAUUACAGACUUUUUAGUGUAGAACAUUAACUUGAAGUUAUUUAUUUUUAGCCUUAGGUGUUUUUCCCCUUUUCAAAAACAGUCACAACAGCACAAUACCACAGAUGUAUUUUUUUUGUAGGGCAGGGGUUUGCAAUCCUGGAGAACCCCUGUGUAUGCUGUUCUUCAGUCCAACCUUUUAAUUAAGAUUAUUGACAGCAUGGAUUGAGUUAUACAUAUUUGUGCCGAAACAGUAUUUAAGAUAAUGCAGGUCUGGCCUGUUACCAGUUGGGUUUCCUUCAAACUCUUCAUUCCCCACAAAUGAUUUGGCUUUGAUGAUCAGUCGUCCACACUGUCAGCAGUUUUAUGAGUUCACCAAUUUCUGCUGCUGGUCCAUAAAUUAAGCAAGGCAAAUACAAUUCAGAUGUAAGGUCUGGAGUACCCAUUAGUGGAUAACUGAUCUAAACAUCGGUAAGCUAAUAAUGAAAUAUUGUUUCUUUAUUUGUUUUUGACAUAAUGUGGCAUUACGAGGAAACAAUCCCUCAUUACAUGUUAACUUUUUAAAUGAAAAACAACAGUUUGGGCUGCUGGGUGGCUCAUUCGGUUAAGGCACCAUACUGUGAUGCAUGGAUAAGUCCCACAACCUCGCAUUGAAUCCGGACUAUGCUAGUGGCGGCAGGCCUGUCACUCCACCGUACUAUACCCUGGGCGACGCAGUCAGCAAUUAUGCGUCCCGCAGGGUGUAGGAGGGUUCACUUCCAUUCAGGGUCUGCAUUUCAUCACUCUCUAGUGACCCCCACUGGGCAUUUGUGGACUGCAUUUUAAAGUCGCAUGUAAAGGGUCUUCCACAGACUCCACUCUAUGGCUCUGUAUGCUUCAGGAAUUGCAGUUACCACUUGGAAAGAAAGCUGGCAUACACAGAGGUUCUCCAGAACCAGGGCUGAGAACCACUGGUGUCGGUCCAGUCAGAGUGGGCAAAACUGAAAACAAUAACGCUUGAAUAGAACCGAUGCCUUUCUGUUCCA